GUAGUGUGGAGUAAGGAGAGAGUCGGCUGGGGAUGGAGGUAACGGUGUGAAGGCUCACAUGAGCAGACGUUAAAGUGACGGUUGGUUAUAAUAGUGUGGUAAUGCAUAGCGACAGUGAUCCGCUGGAGUCAUCUGUAAACGCACUGCAGACGCACAAACGCAUUUCACGCAGUCCUUGACUGCAGCCCGCUCAUCAACCUGGAUGGAAAUUGAUGAGGAAGUAUGGAGGAACAGUAGCCAACAUAGUAAUAAGAUAAUAGGAGAAGAAGGGGAGUGCGAGUGUGAGAGACCAUAUUAACAUCGCUAUCGCAGAGAAAUACCUGAAGCAGCCUCUCUCAACUUUACUCAGCAGCGGCUGAGCAUCACUGCCACGGAAAUAGCCAGAUCCUACAGGAAACAUAGUAUCCUAAGGCUGUUCAAGAUGGGUGUGACAGAAGGACAGAGCGGUGAUUACGGCAACAGACUGGAAGUGAGAGCCUCCUCGCCUGCCCGACCUGAGUCACCCAACAUUGUGGUUAAGAUUCAAGAGGAUCUCGCUGAUCUAGAAAAAGAAGACGUGGAACAGAUCCUCACCGACGAGGAGAAGCGUUUCCUGCUCUACGUGGAGCGGGGAGACGUCCCCUCCGUCAAGCACAUCAUCAAGAAGGGGAUGAGAGAAAACGAGAAGAAGGAAGGAAGCUUCAACAUUAAUUGUCUGGACCCACUGGGACGCUCGGCUCUCAUUAUCUCCAUCGAGAACGAGAACAUGGAUAUGAUAGAAAUGUUACUGAAGGAGAACAUAGAGUCCAGAGACGCUCUGCUCUUCGCCAUCUCCGAGGAGUACGUGGAGGGCGUGGAGGCUCUGUUGGUUCACGAGGAGAACAUACACAAGCCAGGGGACCUGUAUUCUUGGGAGAAGACCAACUUUGAGAGGACAACCUUCACUCCUGACAUCACUCCGUUGAUCCUGGCCGCUCAUAGGAAUAAUUACGAAAUCCUGAAGCUGCUGCUGGAUCGAGGUGCCACGCUUCCCAUGCCCCACGACGUGAAGUGUGCCUGUGAUGAGUGCCUCGUCUCUAGUGCCGAUGAUUCACUCAGACACUCACACUCGAGGAUCAACGCCUACAAGGCCCUGUCUUCCCCGUCCCUCAUCUGUCUCUCAAGUAAGGACCCGUUGGUCACCGCCUUUACCCUGAGUGAGGACUUGGAGAACCUAGCCGGCUUGGAAAACGAGUUUAUGGACGACUACACGUCCCUGAGGCAGCAGGUAGAGGAGUUCUCCAUGGCUCUGGUGGAGGAAACUAGAACCAUCACCGAGCUGGAGAUAAUGCUCAACUACGACCCCGAGGGCGUGCCCUACCAGCAUGGUGAUUUCAUGCAUCUCGCCCGGCUCAAGGACGCGGUCAAUAACAACCAGAAGUCGUUUGUGGCCCACUCUAACGUGCAGCAGCUGCUGGCUCGGGUGUGGUAUGACGGCAUGCCUGGCUUUAAGCGUCGCAGCCUCCUGCACCAGGUCAUAGAUGUUGCUAAGAUAGGCUGCAUCUUCCCCAUCUACUGCAUCGCAUUCGUCUUGUGCCCUAACUCUUCCUAUGGCACCGCCAUGAAGAAACCUUUCAUCAAAUUCAUCGUUCACUCUUCCUGCUACUGCUUCUUCCUCUUGCUGCUGGUGGUGGUGUCGCUGAGGGUUGAGACGCAGGUGAUUGAGCUCUUCGGGAGCCAGUGGAUGCUGGAGCUACUUCGUCAGUAUCAGAGGGAGGCGAGGGGAGGCUUUCCUUCUAUGGUAGAGAUACUCAUCGUCAUCUUCAUCUUCGGAUUCAUUUGGGGUGAGAUGAGGAGCCUGUGGGAGGACGGACUGGCCGAGUACCUCAAGGAUCUCUGGAACAUCGUCGACUACAUCACCAAUUUCUUCUACAUGAACUGGAUUUUUCUCAGGUUGACAGCUUUUUUCCUGACACAGCGGGCAGUGUCUCAGGGGCAAGACCCUUACUUCCCGAGAGAGAUGUGGCCUGAUUUCGACCCCAUGCUCAUUUCUGAGGGAAUGUUCGGCGCUGGCAACAUCCUAAGUUUCCUGAAGCUGGUACACAUCUUCAGCGUCAACCAUCACAUGGGUCCUCUACAGAUAGCUCUCGGCAGGAUGGUCAUAGACAUUAUCAAGUUCUUUUUCAUCUACACCCUCGUUCUUUUCGCUUUUGGCUGCGGUCUGAACCAGCUGCUGUGGUACUACGCUGACAUGGACAUGCGCAAGUGUUACUCUCUGCCCGGUGGCGCCAGGAACCCCACCCAGGAGAACUCCUGUGCUAUCUGGCGGAGGUUCUCAAACCUGUUCGAAACUUCCCAGUCGCUGUUCUGGGCAUCGUUCGGCCUGGUGGACCUCAGGGUGUUUGAAUUGACGGGGAUCAAAUCGUACACCAGGUUCUGGAGUAUGCUUAUAUUUGGAUCCUACAAUGUAAUUAAUGUUAUUGUCUUACUCAACCUCCUCAUCGCCAUGAUGUCCAACUCGUACGCCUUCAUUUGUGCCAAGUGCGAUACAGAGUGGAAGUUCGCGAGGUCCAGACUGUGGAUGAGUUACUUCGAGGAGGGCAGAGAGCUGCCCUCACCUUUCAACCUGGUGCCAAAUUUCGGUGCCCUGGUGGCCAUGAGCAAGAAGGUACCCAGAGCCUCCUUCAAGCACCGCCAGGACACACUCAGGGAGUCCCAGUAUCAGGGUGUGAUGAGGAACCUGGUACGACGCUACGUAACAAAGGAACAGAGGCUGACGGACGAUCGCUCCAUCAACGAGGACGACAUCAAUGAGGUGAAGCAGGACAUCAACUCCUUCAAGUACGAGAUUGUCAACAUUCUUAAGAUUAACAACUGGGAUACUGGCACUGCUCAUCACAAGACUGAGACUGCCCUGGGCAAGAAGCAGCAGACCAGGGAACGCCGGCUACUCAAGGGUUUCAACAUUGGUCUGGUGGAGGGACUGGACGCUACUCUCCUGGCGGGUGUGGAGAAGUCCCUGAACGCCCUCACCAGUCUUCAUCUCAAGGGCAAGAAGAAGAAGGAUUGGAACCAGAUGGUUCGCAAGAGUGUCAAGAACCGCGACCACAUCGGAUCCACCACCACAAGCAUCCAGCGGCAGAAUCUUAGGGAGUUCACUCGCCAGGGCAGCAGCAAGAAGUGGAAGUCGGUUCAGUUCUACCAGAAGCGUGGGGUCUUCAUGGGGGGCGAAAUCAAUAAAGUCAUGCUGAAUGAAGUAUCCAAGUGCCGCAAGGCUCAGCUUGUUCCAAGGUACGGUCGAGGAUGGCGGGCCUUGCAAAGCAUUCAAGCAGAUGGUAAUCUGUCCAGAGACGGUCUUGAAUCGAAGAUUCGGAAAGUUUCUCUCUCCAGAGACACUUCUUCCAUUGACACCUCUUCCUCGUGUCCCUCAUUCAGCAGGCAGCCUCCUACACCUCCCCUCGAUCGAGAAAUUCCCGGGUCUCCCUCUGACACCAGUAAGCCUCAGACAGCUCCCUCUGACAUCAGUAAGCUUCAGACGCCUUCCUCUGACGCCAGUACGCCCCAGACGGCUCCCUCUGACGCCAGUAAGCAUCAGAAGCCUCCCUCUGGCGACAGUAAGCCUCAGACGCCUCCAUCUGAUGCCAGUAAGCCUCAGACGCCUCCCUUCCAAACAAGUAAACAUCCCGAGGAAAACCAAAAACUAAGUGAAGCGCCGAAGAAAUCGGUUCCUAAUGGCUCGCUGGAAAAGCCUGCCAAGCCAAAGCCAUACCAGGAAACAAAGUCAUCCGCAGCAAGAACGUCUGAAUUAGCGAAGACAUCAGCACCAGAGGCAAUGAAGCCAGCCGCAACGGAGCCAUCAGAGCUUCCGCAGCCACUUGUGCCAAAGCCAUCAGAGGCCCCGAAGCCAGCUGCAAGAGAACAAUCAAAGGUCUCUAAGCCAGCUGCACCAAAGCUACCAGAGGCCCUAAAGCCACCUGCAACAGAACAAUCGGAUGUCUCUAAGCCAGCUGCACCAAAGUCAUCAGAAGUCCCAAAGUCGCAGACAGCUAAGCCCUCGCCACCAGCCAAGGAGGUGACCGGGGUGUCGCUGGUCAGCAAGCAGAAAAAAACUGGGUGGCUGUAAUACCCCACACACUCACACAUGCACGUCCACUGUGUGUGAGAUACCACCCACUCUAUGUUGACACACCAGCUUCUUGAAGUGUUACCAUCCUUAGGAGUUAGUUAGUUAGUUUAAUAUCUUUAUUAUGCACCCCAUACCCAUCCUGUGGGCGGUAGUCAGAAGAUUACAAAGGUACAUAAUGGGUCCAGGGACUGUACCCCAAAGUUAUGAUAGCUGAACUAGUUACAAAGGUAAUGAACUCCAGGUAGAUCUGGUCACAAUCAUGGCAAGUUACAGAGGUAAUGAAUCAGCUUCACUCCUAUAUAUGGUUACAGUCAUGAAUAAAUUACAAAGUAAUGAACCACUGAUACGUCCACACCUGGUCACAGUUGUAAUGAGUUAUAAAUACAAAUAUUAAGUGGGUCAUACACCCACACGAGCGCGCGCGCGCACAUACAUCCUUAGGAGCAGUGACGCUGAAUCAACAGCAGCAGCAACAAUAAACAACAACAACAAAAAACAAACAACAGCAAAGCAAAAACUGCAAACAACAACAAAUAAACAAUGCCAAGCAACAAAUAAUAUGUUAGUAGAGUAGGUAAAGAUAAUUUACAACAGGUAAAACCCGGCUUGUUAAAACACAGAUUAGUAAAACGUUUUAUCACCUGAAGAUUGGAUCACCUCCCCAAUAAAAACAGUUAGCUAAAGUUAAGUCAAUUAAAACAAAAUCACACACACACACACACACACACACACACACACACACACACAUAUAUAUAUAUAUAUAUAUAUAUAUAUAUAUAUAAUAUAUAUAUAUAUAUAUAUAUAUAUAAUAUAUAAUAUAUAUAUAUUGGGAGGGGGUUACCUGGAGAGGGUUUGGGGGUCAACGCCCCCACGGUCCGGUCUGAGACCAGGCCUCAUGGUGGAUCAGGGUCUGAUCAACCAGGUUGUUACUGCUGGCCGCACGCACGCUGACGUACGAACCACAGCCCGGUUGGUCAGGUAGUGACUUCAGGCACCUAUCUAGUGCCUUCUUGAAGACAACCAGGGGUCUAUUGGUAAUCCCUCUUAUACAGUAGACCAUCGAUUAAGACGGUAGUUAGGUUCCUGAAAAUGCAGUGUUAGACGAAUCAGUGUUAAAGGAACUGAGGAACGUAUGGGAAAAAUAGAGUAACGUUUCUUAGACCCUCAAAAAAGCCAGGCAACUUUUUUUUUUUUUUUUUUUUGUCUCCAAAUCUUACAAAAAUAAAAAUGAUAAUGCAAAUGUUGCUAAAAAUGCAACAGAAAUAUUAUUUCUUACCUUAAAUUGUGAUUUCUGAGGUUUGUCGAUGAUUGUGAAGGAGGAAGUGGAGAGGCAUGCUGAGGCCCAUCUGGGCUGAGGUGGAUGGUAGUCCAGUCAGUAAGUCAAUCCAGCCAAGUGAGUCAGUAGGUCAGUCAUUCAAGUCAGUACAGUCAUUUAAUUCAAUAGGUCACUCAUUCAAGUCAGUCAAGUCAUCCAGUAAAUCAGUUAAGUCAGUCAGUCAAGUUAGUAAGCCAACAGUCAGUAAAUCAGUCAAGUGAUAAGCAGUCAAUACAUCAGUCAAGUUAUUCAGUAAAUUGGUAAGUCAAUCAGUAAAGUCAUUCAGUAAAUCAGUCAAGUUGGUCAGUCAAGUCAGUAAGUCAGUCAAGUUAGUAGGCCAGUCAGUCAAGUCAGUAAGCCAGUCAAGUCAGUAAGCCAGUCAAGUCAGUAAAUCAGUCAAGUCACUAGGUUAGUCAGUCAAGUAAGUCAUUCAACAAAUAAGUCAAGUCAUUCAGUAAAUCAGCUAAAUCAUUCAGUAAAUCAGUCAAGUCAUUCAGUAAAUCAGUAUACCUGGAGAGGGUUCCGGGGGUCAACGCCCCCGCAGCCCAGUCUGUGACCAGGCCUCAUGGUGGAUCAGGGCCUGAUCAACCAAGCUGUUAUUGUUGGAUGCAUGCAACCUGAUGUACGAACCACAGCGCGGCUGGUCAGGUACUGACUUUAGGUACCCGUUCAGUGUCUGCUUGAAGACAGCCAGGGGUCUAUUGGUAAUCCCCCCUUAUGUAUGCUGCGAGGCAGUUGAACAGUCUUGAGCCCCUGACACUUAUUGUGUUGUCUCUUAUCAUGCUAGUGGCACCCCUGCUUUUCAUUGGGGGGAUGUUCCAUCGUCUGCCGAGUCUUUUGCUUUCAUAGGGAGUGAUUUUCGUGUUCAAGUUUGGUACUAAUCCCUCUAGGCUACACAAUUGUGACUGGACAGAGAUAACAAGUUGCACGGACGUAAACGAUGCCUGGGAAAAAUUCAAAACAAUGUUCACUACCAUUCUUAAUAAUAUUGCACCAGUUAAAGAGGUUAGGAUUAAACGAAGAACUGAACCCUGGAUGACUACUGAGAUAUUAGAUAAUAUGAAAUUCAGAGACCAGCUGCUAAAAAGAUUUAAAGCAAACAGACAGGAUAUUGCAGCACUUAAUGAAUUCCAAAGGGUGAGGAACAGAGUACAGAGGCUUAUAAAAGGAGCAAA